GAACCGUGAAUGGCUGUGAUUGCACUGUAAAUGGUUGUGAAUAUACUGGCCUGCUAGUCUUCUGGCCGGAAUUCCUCGUUAUUCGGAACGAUCCGACAACUUUUAAACGUUAUUUAAGUGAAUGCUCAAUUGUGGACCUUGAGAAUAAAGUAGGAGCAAAAGCUGAACUUGUUACAGAACGAGAAGUAAUCAUGUUUCUAAAUGAAGUUUACAAAACUACAGAUCCUAAAAAUGAAGCUCUCUAUUCUAUGCAAGAAAUUGAAACAAAAGAAGUAUAUGAAUCGGUUAUUUCAAAAGCUGAAUUCAUGAGCAAAAAAUCUGAAAUAGGAUUUGCAAGUUGGUGUUCCAAAAGAAAGGUUAAUUUUAUUGGUAUGCCACACACUAGGAAGAGACGUAGAGGUUUAAAUCUUCGCUUUAGGACACUUUAUGUGAUGAAACAUGAGUUUAGAGAGAAUAUUAUAAAAUCCAUCACAACAGCUAUUCCACAUUAUCAAAAUCACAUUAGCUCUUUAAAAAAACAAGGAUACAGCAUCAUUGGCUAUGCUAGGAAGUCCGUUGGAUUCAACAAUGACAAUAAUAGAAAAAGCCUCUUAAAUGGUAUGGUGCAGUGCCUGAAAGAAAGAUCACUAUGUGACAAGGUCUUCGUAUCAUGUUCUUGUUCGGCCGGUGAUGAACUUACGUCAAGAGAUAUGAAUGCUAACACUGUUGGCUUGCUAAAUGAAUUGAUAGGUGUAGAUGGAGAUACCCAAUCUAUGCUUUCCUAUAUAAAUUCAUCCGAAAUAGACAUUUGUCUUGUCGUCAUAGAUUUUGCAGGACUUUCCACAAACAAAAAUGAUAUACACAGAUUUUUCAGUAUUCAUAAAAAUUAAAGACAGUUAUUGUUGACAAAUUACUUGAUGACAGCAAAUUCCACGAAUUUAAGAGAGAAGCUGUGUUGAAUGACCCAACAGUGUUAUCAUCUUUUGAUUGUAGACCAGCACCAGUUCAAAGAUCCACAAAAGCAUAAAAACUUCACUGUGCCAUAUUGUUAUACCAAAAGCAUUAUCC